AUGACCUGUUCGGUAAGUACUCCAGGGAGUCAAUGUGCAAGCUUCGCUGCGAAUCUGUUCGGACCACAUCCCGAAUCAUAUGACGAGCAAAUCUUUCAACUUUUGCUUGCCCAUUGUCCGUCUGGAGCAUCGUUGAAGGAAUUCGAGCAUUUCAACCAGCUCGUGCAAAGCGGGAUCUUCCGGCCGUACGAGAGGGACGGUAUUGAGUGCAUCCACCAACCGUACAAUCUAAGUGCAUCCAGUGCCCCGGUGUCCAUUUUCUACGGCCUCAACGACUGGAUUGUGCACCCAAAAAACGUGAUCCGUUUGGCUUCCUUAUUACCGAAUCUAAGGGAAGUGAUACCGGUUGGUGGAAAAAAAUUCAAUCACGUCGAUUUUAUCAUUGGUACACGAGUUAGGGCCGCAGUAUAUCGUAAAUUAUUACAAAACCUUCGCAAUGACUCACAAGCAUAUCUUAGCAUCAGCACCCACCCAUGA